AUGAACGGCAACGACCUGAACGGAAAGGCGCCCCUCGACGACAUUGGCAAGACCAACGGGCCUUCGCGCGGCCCAGGCGACCCUAUCGUCAAGGUCGAGCCACCCAGGCGCGAGGACCUGCAGCCAUCAUAUGCGUACGACAAUCAUCUUAUACCCUUCAAGGCAGCUGCUAAUGUCCACAUCACAGGCAAGUCAUCAAGCCCGACACCGAAGAUGCGGCCCAGCAUGGCUGGUACGGUUCCAUGAUCAACGGAUUGGGCACUUGCAUUGGAACUCUCGGUGCCAUUCCAUGCUGCAUAGUCUGCCCCAACCCAUACAGGCCUGUCGCCCAGGGUAACGUCGGUCUCGUCACCAAAUUCGGUCGAUUCGCACGCGCCGUCGAUCCAGGCCUCGUCAAGAUCAACCCGCUGUCCGAGAACUUGAUCCAAGUCGAUGUCAAGAUCCAGAUUGUCGAAGUGCCGCGCCAGAUCUGUAUGACCAAGGACAACGUCAACCUCACGCUGACCUCCGUCAUCUACUACCACAUCACCUCGCCGCACAAGGCCGCCUUCGGAAUCUCCGACCUUCGCACUGCUCUCGUCGAACGUACCCAGACCACCCUCCGUCACGUCAUCGGCGCACGUGUCCUCCAAGAUGUUAUUGAGAGGAGAGAAGAGAUUGCGCAGUCGAUUCGCGAGAUCAUAGAAGAGACCGCCGCGGGCUGGGGUGCGCAGGUUGAGAGCAUGCUGAUCAAGGACAUCAUCUUCUCUCAGGAACUGCAGGACUCCCUGUCCAUGGCCGCACAGUCCAAGCGAACGGGAGAGGCCAAGGUCAUCAGCGCCCGUGCUGAGGUCGAAUCCGCCAAGCUCAUGCGCCAGGCUGCCGACAUUCUCUCGAGCGCACCCGCCAUGCAGAUCCGAUACUUGGAAGCCAUGCAGGCCAUGGCCAAGACGGCGAACAGCAAGGUCAUCUUCUUGCCGGCGCAGAACCAGACGGUGCAGCAGCAGCUGGCCACCGCGGAGAGCGCGGGAGAAGGCCCGAGCCGAUACCAGGAUUAUGGCACGCUGAACGGCCAUUCUUCUACAGGCGGCCAGAGCAGCAAUGAGUUCUCUGGUAACUCGCACGGCUUCCAGAGCGCCGUGAACGCUAGGGUUGUAGAGAACAUGUAG